AUGCCUGUCGAAUCUGAUCUCAAAAAGUCCGUCGGACGGCGGUUGACCAGGCGAAAACAGCAUGACCCGCGCCCUCUCUCUCCCGAAAUGCCAGAGAAGUUCAAGGAUGGCGCAGAUGCUAAUGAAGACGUCUGCACUUUACACGGUAAUGAUGUGCACUACAUGAACCAGUCAAUAUUUUCUAUGAUUGCAGCAGCUGGUUCCCGAGCAGACUUUCGUUCUCGCUUCGACGAAGAUUCAAGUGACGCUGGUGACGAAUCAGAUGAAGAGGAUACACAGGAUAAGGAUGAUACACCACGCGCAAGCCAAGACCAUGCUGAUGGUCGUCCCACUGUAAUGCCAUCCGAGGGGAAGCCGCAAGGACAGGGCAAAAAGCUCUCGGAGCUCCUUUCUCUCCCUCGUCUCCAUUCGAGAACAUCAAAGGGCAAGAGUCGGCUUUCUCAAACGGUAUCCGGCCCUUUCUCAGAAGCAUCUGGCGCGGAGGAUAAGGAGCCUGAAAAGAAGGAGUCGGCUAUCUAUUCCAGGGAUGCGCCGGUAAUGAGCCGCAUGAUCCAGGCGCAGGCAAAACAAGCAGCAGAGGAGGCCUCGGAGCGCGAACAAGCUGCCGUAGAAAGCGGGAAAGAACCACCAGCCGACGUUACUGAACCAAAGGCGACAAUUACAUUGGCUGAAGGCUUAAGGCGGAUAUUCGGAUACGAGGACCCGGAAGAGGUUCUCGCUGAAUACCCAUGCUGGCUUCUGCAAAGCGUCCUACUUCAAGGAUACUUGUACAUCACUAGGAGGCAUAUUUGCUUCUACGCCUAUCUGCCAAAGAAAUCAGAUGUUGUAGUGAGAUCCGGCCAUUUGUCGAAACGUGAUCGAGGAAGACCAACAUAUCAGCGCUACUGGUUUGUUCUGAAGGGUGACGUGCUGUCAUACUACGACGAACCUGUCGAUAUCUACUUUCCUUCCGGGAAUAUCGAUUUGCGCUAUGGCAUCUCGGCCAACCUGGACGGCCAUGAGCAUGAAGAAAAGGCAAGGUCCUUCUCGGUCGUGACUGACCAGCGGACCUAUCAUCUUCGCGCCGAUAGCGCUCCUAGUGCAAAGGAGUGGGUCAGAAUGUUACAAAAGGUCAUAUUUCGGUCACAUAACGAUGGGGACAGCGUCAAAAUAUCCAUACCAAUCGAGAACGUAAUCGACAUUGACGACAGCAGUGUCUUGGAACUGGCAGAAACAGUCAAGAUUCGCGUGAUAGAAAGCGAUGAAACUUAUGCAAUAGACGAGUACUUCUUCUCUUUUUUCCGCUACGCCAAGGAUGCUUUGCGGGUGCUUCGAACGGUAGUGGAAUCGAUGCCUGCGCAAAAUCUCGCCCCUGAAAGCCAGCGUAGAUCUUCAGCUUUCACAGAGCCGGCAAGCCCCAGUAGCCCAAGGGGCAGGUCUCAGGAGCCCAGACCUAGGACGCCACAGGGAAAGCAGAUUGACUCGCUUUCAGAGUCUCUCAGCCCUGUCCUACAUGACAGAGUGAGGGCGACUUUAUCGCCAAGGUCGCGGGCUACGAGCAGAGCCGCCAGCUCCCUGGGAUGGGGCCAAUCACAUCUUGGCAAUCGCGCCCAAAGCAUGGAUGUCAAUAGAGAGCGGGAAUCCAGCAGCUCCAGCGUUGACUUUGGCCGGCGAAGCAUCAGCACCACGAGAUAUAGUGUGAGCGGUGCCGCAAAGGAACCGCAGUCGCCUUCUACAAUGCCCCAUGAGUCUUCUGACUCCUUUGUGCAUUCUCUCGAUCGUGAUAUCGAGUCUUCCCCUGCUGUCCAUUCGAUCGACGACACCCAAGCCUCUGCCAGCCAGAUACUCGAUCGAAGCGAUGUCUUCCAUUCGCCUACAAUACCAAGUCAUCCACGCGAGGGUGAUGCAAAUUGGAAAGGGAAGGGGAAGAGCGAUGAAGGCAACAGGACCAUCAAAUUUGGGAAAGUCAAGGUCCAUUCUCCUUCAAGGUCACAAAUACGGCGCACGUUAGGGGAGUCAGAUAAGGAAAAUUUUGGCGACGUCAGUGAUUCCGAGACUGGCAGCGAAAUCCAUAGCGGUCAGAUGAACAAAACUGGAUCAACCCCUACUCUACAAGAGCUUGUUCGUGCUGGAGCUUAUCCGCUCCAAAGAGCAGCCGGAUUUGCCGAAUAUCUGAAGUCCCAUUCAAAGCGAAUGACUGGCCUUCUUGCAUCUGAGUCAAUGGGCUACGUGGAAAAGGUUUCUGGAAUGUGGGCCGGCGGUAGAAGGCAUUACAGCGAAGGAGGCCCGAGUAACGGCGAUGAAGUGCUCGAUGAAGUAGAUGAAGACACCGGAAUGGGUCCAGGAGACCGAUUUCGUGCUCAUUUUGCACUUUCUCCGUCCGAAAAGCUUCAAGCUUCCUACUUUGGUUACCUUCUUCGCGUCCUUCCACUCUACGGGAAAAUAUACAUUAGUGAUCGCAAAUUUUGCUUUCGGAGCUUACUACCUGGUACUAAGACCAAGCUUAUCUUGCCCUUGAAAGAUAUUGAAAACGUGGAUAAAGAAAAAGGCUUUCGUUUUGGUUAUUCUGGAUUGGUCGUCGUGGUCAAGGGCCAUGAAGAGAUCUUUUUUGAGUUUAGCCACCCUGACUCGCGUGACGACUGUACGGUCACAAUGCUUCAAAAACUUGAAUCUGUGCGUUACUUAAAAGAGUCUGGUAUCUUGACUCAAGAAGAGGAAGAAGAGGCAGAGAUUGCAAAAGCUGAACAUCGCCUGCUCAUGGAGGCGAGACGAGAGGAUCAUGAUUUGAUGAUAUCUAACGCCCAUUCUGCAGAUGCACCGCCUAUUCUCUUUGACGAUCCGCGAGUAUCAAUUAUCAACUUCAAGCCCACGCAGUCGCUUAGGAUUACGUGCUUGACGAUUGGCUCCCGUGGUGAUGUCCAGCCAUAUAUAGCCUUGUGCAAGGGUCUGCUGGCAGAGGGCCAUAAGCCAAGGAUUGCGACUCAUAGAGAAUUUGAGCCAUGGGUAAGGGAGCACGGUAUUGACUUUGCGCCAGUCGAGGGUGAUCCUGCAGAGUUGAUGCGUAUCUGCGUGGAAUACGGCAUGUUUACGUACUCAUUCCUCAAAGAAGCAUCUCUCAAGUUUCGUGGCUGGAUUGAUCAACUUCUGCGUUCUGCUUGGAUGGCAUGCCAAGAUUCCGAUCUUCUGAUUGAGAGUCCAAGUGCCAUGGCUGGGAUUCACAUUGCUGAAGCAUUGCAAAUCCCCUACUUUCGAGCAUUUUCGAUGCCCUGGACGCGGACCCGAGCGUAUCCGCAUGCCUUUGCCGUGCCGCAACACAAGAUGGGAGGUGCCUACAAUUAUAUCACCUAUGUCAUGUUCGACAACGUCUUCUGGAAGGCGAUUGCUGGUCAAGUCAACAGGUGGCGCAAGACUGAACUUAAACUGCCUUCCACAAGCCUAGACAAAUUACAGGCCAACAAAGUACCUUUUCUCUAUAGCUUCAGCCCGUCAGUGGUCGUGCCUCCUCUUGACUACAGCGACUGGAUCAGAGUCACAGGCUACUGGUUCCUCAACGAAGGGGCAGACUGGAAACCCCCUCAAGAGCUUACCGAUUUCGUCCGAAAAGCGCGGGAGGACGGCAAGAAAAUCGUUUAUAUUGGAUUCGGGUCGAUUGUUGUUUCGGAUCCGGCAGCCUUGACCAAGACUGUGAUAGACUCUGUCCGGAAAGCAGACGUCAGAUGUAUCCUCUCUAAGGGUUGGUCCGAUCGACUGGGGAAUAAGGAUCCUACCGCGCCCGAAAUGCCCUUGCCGCCAGAAAUUCUGCAGAUCAAAUCUGCACCGCACGACUGGCUCUUUACGCAGAUUGAUGCUGCUGCGCACCAUGGCGGCGCUGGCACCACUGGCGCGAGUCUGCGUGCGGGUCUCCCAACCAUUGUGAAACCAUUCUUUGGAGACCAAUUCUUUUUUGGCUCGCGGGUUGAGGACUUGGGAGUGGGCAUCUGCUUAAAGAGGCUCAACGUCAGCGUCCUCUCUCGUGCCCUUUGGGAGGCCACGCAUAGCGAACGGAUCAUUGUCAAGGCUCGCGCCCUCGGUGAACAGAUUCGUAAGGAGGACGGAGUGGGCAAUGCCAUUCAAGCCAUCUAUCGGGAUAUGGAAUAUGCCAAGUCACUCAUCAAGCGGCAUGGUGUUCCCCAUACGGAUGAAACUUACGAUGAUUCAGAGGAAAGUUGGACGUUUAUUGGAGAUGAGAGUGAUCCAGAACUGACGCGACGCAUUGCCGAUUGGGAGCCUCCAACGCGACAAGGCAAGCAGACGGCUUCGACUACUGCCCCAACUGCAACGCCAGCCUCUGGGAUCACUUCUAUGGCAAACAGCAAGACACUGCCGUUGGGCCGAGCACGAUCUUAA